AGUUUCAUCUGAUUCAAAUCAUAAAUUUCAACGUAGUAGCGAAGUGAUGAAUGUACCUGUGGUACAAUCAACCAUUUUACCUGGUGAUAUGCUUGCAGCUAAAAUACGCACCUAUCUUUCUCAACCUGUAACCUGGCAACCAUCAGCAGAUCAACAUCGUCUUAUCGGACAUAUGAUAUUACAUAAGACAAAUGGUACACACGGUGAUCUUGGCUUAAAGGUUGUUGGAGGUCGACGAUCUGAUACCGGUCGUUUAGGUGCAUUUAUCACACGUGUGAAACCUGGAUCUGUUGCUGAUACUGUUGGCCAUCUUCGGGAAGGUGAUGAAGUAUUAGAAUGGAAUGGUCGUCAAUUACAAAAUGCUACAUUUGAUCAAGUUUAUGAUACUAUAAAUUUAUCAAGGCAUGAUACACAAGUUGAAUUGAUUGUUUCACGUUCAAUGAGUGCACCGGGUGGUGAUGAUUUCCUGAAUGUGCAGAGGAUGCUACCGAAUCCGGCAUUCCUUCCAACCGGAGGAUCAGGGAUCGGUGAUUAUUAUCUAAGCAAUCCAUUGGAGGCAAAUAAUUUUGCGCAUUCGCAAUCAGGAACAACUUCACCGCAUAUGCAACCAUUCAUUAAUACAUCUUCCAAUUACAAUUCUGCAUUGAUAUGUAAAGCAAUCGAUUCACCGUUAUAUGAUACUACUGGUUCAAUGAGAAUAAUUACAUCGGAUGAUUAUUGCGGAAAACCGUUUGGAAGAGGACAGAUCUUCGGGCGAAUUGAGAUUUCGUUAUAUUACGGUGCUAUAGAAAGACAACUUGUAGUUACCAUAAGACAUGCAACAGAUUUACCACCUCGACCAGAUGGUACCGCACGUAAUCCAUAUGUCAAAUUAUUUCUUCUACCAGAUCGAAGCGAGAAAAGUCGUCGACAAUCUGCGGUGCUUAUCGAAACAUGUAAUCCAAUUUGGAAUGAACCAUUUUAUUAUCAUGGACUCACUAAAUCUAUGCUAAUGGAACGUGUUUUGGAGGUGACAGUAUGGGAUUACGAUCAGUAUGAGACAAAUUCAUUUAUGGGUGAAGUAUUGAUUGAUUUUACAAUUGCCCAAUUAGAUGAUGAACCAUUUUUAUAUACAUUGAUAGAUAUGGAUGAAGAUAAUCCGCUUAGAGCGAAGUUACAACAACGUCGUCUUAAUAUUUAUCACGCAUCUACACGUUCACAAAGUGAAAUGGGACAUUAUUCAACUAGUAAUCAACAACGUGGGACCGAUAAUACGAGUACUUAUGAAGCGUAUCGGCCUAGAUCACGACAGCAACAUAUGCUGCAUCCAAAUUAUGGGAUACGUCGAUCACGGACCUACGAUCGAAGCGGAGCACGAAUUGAAGAAGACUGGACAGUAACCUAUCCAUCAGGAUACUUAUCCGAUCAUGGUUACAGUAAUCAUCUGCCUGUUCGCUAUUCAUAUCGAGAACGAAGACCGCGAUCUGCUACAAUGAUGCGUCCAUUACCAGAUAUGCGAACUUACAAUCGAAAUUUACCCCCAGCACCAUGGGCUGCAGAUGAGGAAGAUGAUCAGCAAAUGAUAGCUCCACAAUCAGCACAGGCGUUAACAAGGUUUCCUCGAGAUCAACGAUUAGCCAAUGAACGUUUACGAUUCGAAGCGAUGCAUGAACAACAACCUGGAUAUGGAAGUGAUGGAUCGGAAACGUUAAGUAUACAUUCAACUCAGAGUAUACCUACAAGGCAGCCACCGAGACGAAUAACUAACGGUGGAAGUGAGCAGGUAAGUAUGAAUCAACAAUUAGAUGACAAUGUGGAAGAAUAUAUCGAAGAAGGAGCUAUAAGUGAUUCUGUGAUGACUAAAGGAACCGUUACGACAACUACCAAAGAUCGCAAGAAAAGUCUGAUGACAAGGCUCAUUCCGGGUAGAAAUGCUUCACUUGAAGGUAAAAGGACAGGAUUUCAACGAUCUGAAGAAGUAGGUGUGCCGGAAGGUUUAACUGUACCAGGUGAUUAUCUUCAAACUCCUUUCAUGAAGCAAACUUCGAAAGAAUCAACAGAUUCAUCUCAUAGUGACAAUUGGGGACCUAUUUUGACCGAUGGUCCAUUGGGCAGUUUUGUUGACAGUUUGGGACCUGGCCAGGUUGUGGGCCGACAAGUUUUAGCAAGUCCGGUGCUUGGUGAAAUACAAAUCGGUAUAGCAGCAGUUAGAGCGGGCAUUGAUGUUGAAAUUAUUCGUGCUAAAAAUCUUGUGGUCAAGCCAGGUGUAAAAGUUAAUCCAGCUCCAUAUGUUAAAGUAUAUUUGUUGGAAGGGAAACAAUGCAUAGCUAAAGCGAAAACACGUGCAGUGAGAAGGACAACAACACCGAUAUUUCAACAGCAUAUUGUUUUCUCUGAGACACCACGAAAAAAGAUGCUUCAGAUCACAGUAAUGGCUGAUUAUGGUCGAAUGGAACGAAAAUCAUUCAUGGGUAUUGCACAAAUUCGAUUGGAUGAUUUAGAGUUGGGUUCUGAACCAAUGGUUGGUUGGUACAAGCUGUAUCAUGGUUCAAGCCUAGCCGGUACUAGGCCAAUUCGUAAAGAUAGUGAUACAAGUUUGACUGAAGUGAAGCAAUGAUUUUGUCUCACUGUUUUUUACAAGCCUUCUCUCUUCUUUCCUUCUUUUCUUCCUGGUUUCGUUUAUCAUAAAUGGAAAUGAUUUAGUUCAUUUUUUUUUUCUCAUUAAAGAACGAAAAAUUUAAUUGGAAACGCC